AUGGACAUUGGAGAGAGUUCAAUUCAGGUCAAAACGGUUCGUCAGACGUGCAAAGGUGGCUGUGCAAUUUUAGCAAAAUAUUUCUUUAGACAGCUGGAUUUAAUUGAUAUGCGGUGGUUUAGCAGUGAAAUUAAGCACUUACCUACGGCCUCUGGACCGUAUAUUCCGGGAUGUGUGGAUAUAAUGUUAGAUUAUAGUAAAAAUGGAUUAUUCUUGAGACUUUUUUAUCCUUCGGAUGCUAAAAAUAAUAACAACAAGAAAUGGAUACCGUGGAUACCCAAUAUGCUAUAUCUAAUAGGAAUGUCUACUGUAUUGAAAAUAAAUUAUUACAUUCUGCGGUUCGUACUCUGGUGGUACGGCAUUUGCCACAUACCAGUUUUGUACCGAGAAAGAGCAAGAGUGGAAGAAAACAUGAAAUGCAUAGUAUUAUCACACGGCUUAGGGGGCAGUAGAUUUUUAUAUUCGAAAAUAUCCCUCGAUUUGGCCUCGCACGGGUUUCUAGUGGCUUGUGUGGAACACAGGGAUAAUUCGGCCUGCCACACGUAUUACUACGACAACGAGGAAAGCGCCAGGAACAACAGAAAAACUGCGAUAGAUUUUCGGCACAUUGCCUUCGGGAAAGAUCACUACGAGAAAAGAAACGAGCAAGUCCGGAACAGAUCCGAAGAAUGUUUGAAAACUGUCCAGUUUUUCAUAGAUUUAAACGACAAUAAAAUACCGAAAAAUGCGCUGGAUGAUCUCGAGCGUGGCGAAUUUCGCUUGCAGGAUCUAGCAGGAAAAAUAGACGUAGACAAUUUUACUCUAAUAGGACACUCCUUCGGAGCAGCCACUGUUUUAUACACUGCCUCUAAACUGCCUAAAAUCAAGCAAGCUGUACUAUUAGAUCCCUGGAUGUUUCCCAUUAAAAACGAGAAUCUACACGAAACCAUCGACAUACCAUUAUUAUUCAUAAAUACUCAAACAUUCCAUAUUGAUUCGAACGUGAAAGCCAUGGAUAGAUUCCUAUCGAAAGAAAACAGAGAAAUGUACACUAUAAAUGAUACUACGCACGAAAAUCAGACCGACUCCGUUUUCGUGUCGAGAUAUUGGCUGGAUUUGUUUGUGAAAAAGGCCGAUCCUCAUUUAGCUAUGGAGAUUAACAAUGCUUUAAUUUUGAAAUUUCUUCAUCGUUACUCAAAUACUCCGGUAGAAACAGAAAGAUUCGAUAGAUUUUUGAAGGAAAAUUCCACGUAUUUCAAAGAAGGCUUGACCAAACCUUGGAAAAAAUAA